UUCAAUUCCCCCGUCAAUCAAUCUUCACUUCACACUUGUCACUAAGCUUCCUUCUUCGGGGCUUCUAAGAACGAGAAUGACGGCAAUAUUCCUCGCAGAUCCAUUUCUCCAGAUAUCCUCAACGGCGAACUCUGAGAUAGAAAGAGAAAGAAGACUAAUAAGGAGAAUAAGAAGAAGAAGAAAUGGAGAGCCCACCAGAAAGCGCUAGGUCGAGCCCGGAGGCGGAGGUGGGAAUGCGAGUGGAGGAUCUAUGGGAAAUCCAGGAGCCGCAACUCAGCCCCUCUGAGAAGCUCAAUUCUUGCUUUGAGAGUAUUUUCGUGACCUCUUUCCCACAAGCCCCUUCAUCUCAAGUCAUAGAGAUACCUUCAGAUUCCAGCUUGGCUGAUGCUGUCAAAAUUCUAUCUAAGAAUAAGAUUAUGAGCGCUCCUGUGAGAAAUUUAAAAGCUCCGAAAAAUGCUAGUUGGAUUGAUAGAUACAUUGGAAUCGUAGAAUUUGCUGGGAUUACUGUCUGGCUUCUGCAUCAGUCAGAAUUGGCAGCCAGUGAGAAAGGUGCUGGCUCUCCUAUAAAAGGGCCUAUCACAGAAGGAAUCGCAGCCAGGCUUAACAGUGUUAAAGUGAAGAGUAAAGAUGAUGGAAUAACAACUUCUGUUCUUGAAGCAACUGAUUCUAUGGGUGGAACAUUUCUUGAAACUCUGAUAACUUCAGACUUCUAUAAGAAGACAAAGGUUCAAGACAUCUCGGGAUCAUUCCGCUGGGCACCCUUCCUCGCAUUGCAGAAAUCUGACUCUUUUCUAACUAUGCUUCUGCUGCUCUCGAAGUACAGGAUGAAGAGCCUUCCUGUAGUUGUUCUUGGCGAAGAGAAGAUUGAUAAUAUAAUCACACGAUCUGCUGUUGUACACAUGCUUGCAGAAUGCGUUGGGCUCCAUUGGUUUGAGAACUGGGGAAAAAUGAAGCUUCAUGAGCUUGGCCUGCCAAGUAACAGAAAUAAAAUUAUUAAGGUUAGCGAAGAUGACUCCAUUAUAAAAGCCUUCCAACUGAUGAGGAAAAAAAGAAUUGGUGGGGUACCUGUUGUUGAUAAAACUGGGAACAAGGCAAUUGGAAAUAUAAGCAUCAGAGAUGUUCAGUACCUUCUUACAGCUCCAGAAAUGUACAAGGGUUACAGGUCGAUAACAGCCAAAGACUUCAUAAGGUCAAUUAAGAGCUAUCUGAACACGCAUGAUGAUGCUUCACCGAGAUUUCUUGGCGUACUAACUUGCCAUAGUGAAAAUACAAUCAAAGACAUAAUUCUAAAGCUGGAUGCAGAGAAAAUGCAACGGAUCUAUGUUGUUGAUAAGGAUGAAAACUUGGAAGGAGUGAUUACACUUAGAGAUAUAAUAUCGAGGCUGGUUCAUGAGCCAAAUGGCUACUUUGGUGAUUUCUUUGAUGGUGUUGUUCCUUUACCUCAGAACAGCAGGGUUUAAAGAUUUAACUACUAGUAACUGUUUUCAGUUAUCAUUUCUCUUUUAGCUUCUA